AUGGAUCCUAAUCAGAUAAACCACGCCCAGGCCUGGGCAUGGGAGCUUCACCAGCAACAGAUGGCUGGCAAAACAAGUGAAGAUGGAUUUGGAAAACCACCCUUCCAAUAUCCCACAGAACCAGGCGCCCCCAUGCCUAACAACCCCAUCUUCUUCAACGUGCCUGAUCAAGGCAUGAACUUAAACAACAUGCCUCUUUAUAAUAAUCUCCCUCAGUACCGGCAGUUGACACCGGGUGAUGUUCAAAUGGGUACGGAACUACGGCCCCCCAUGCAAACUCCCAUGGACGUCAAUACCGGUAUUUUCAUGCAGAAUCCUCUCCCUGUUGAGCAAUUGAUGCAAACCCCUACGGGGAUGAGCAUGGAUCUCGAUAAUCCUGUCACAGGUGCACACGAUUUACCAGAAAUUCCCGAUCACUUGGCCGUCCCGUCGUUGGAAGAUCCUAAAUUCGACCCAUCAGGAUCAAUUCUUCCACAGUCUACAACGCACAAUCAUUCAACUCAACAGGGCUUAUUGGGGCAGCUUCCGAGUAUCCCUAUGCCUGAGAAGUCACUGUUUAUGCAGCCUAUGAUCCCGCCACGCGGUAUGCCGCAGAACGUCUUUAUGAUGUUGCAACAAAAGCAGCUGCAGCAACAACAGAUCCAGAAUUGGCAAAUGGGUGGGUUCAACCCGCCUUCUGGCCUACAUAUGCAAUCAAUGCAGCAACCAUUCAUGCAGGGGCAUCAAAUGGGGAUACCACCGAUGAACAUGUCACCCAUGCAGAUGUCACCCAUGCAGAUGUCACCCAUGCAGAUGCCACAAAUGCCUACGCCUGGAACUCCACAGAUGCAAUCGGGUAUGCGUAUGUCGCCGUCACCGGUGGGUACUCCACCUAACCCAACCCGACAAGUCCGGUUCCAAGGGGUUUCGGACGUCAACCCUCCAAACAACGUUUUCAGCCCGAACCCUGGUGGCCCGAAUAACAAUAUGGCUACUCUACGGAGACUGCCAAACGGUACGUUAGCUCCGCAGCGAAAAAUCAUCCGCAAACAUAUUACGGGGAACCCUACACCGGUGCCGCCAAAUGCCCCGCAAGUCCCCAAAGCAGUGGUCCAGAUCUCACAAGAGCCUUUCUCACGCACCUUCCCACCUAACGUUCCACACGAAAACCUUAAAAAAGGCGACGAAGCACCAUCAAACGGGCAGUAUCCGGGAGGGAAAAUGACAGUUAAGGAUCACCAGGAAUAUCGUAGCAAUAUGGUGUACCUCGGAAAACCGAUUGGUCAGCCUAAAGACCGUAUUCCUGCACCAUUGCGGCACCUAGGGCCAGUCCCACAGUUUUAUAGUGAUCCGGAUGACUUUAAUGCGGUUAAGGAUCACCUUAAUACUCUCACCGACUGGACAAACCAAUAUGUUCGCACCGCCUUGAACACUAUCGCACGUUAUAAUACUCACACCGAGAACCUUACGAAGCAACUGAAAGGGCUCGAAUUGGAAAAGAAGCAUAUCAUAGACGCGGUCCAGCAGGUCCAUAAAGACCAAAACAUGAGCAUUCCUGAUUUCAUACGCAAUACCAAAAUAAGUAUCAACAAACUAGAAGAAGCCGUUGAUCUUCUCAACUAUCACCACAAAGGAUGUGCGAAAGCGCCGAAAGCCUUAGAGACCCUCAAUUCUGUGGCGGCGAGAGAUAAAACCGAGUUUGAGUUACAAAAAGAGAUGGCCGACAGGCGGAUGGUAGAAUUAGAGACCGUUAAGCAUGCAGUACGCGAGAGGGAUAAAACCCUCCAGACCAAAGAGGACGAUUUGAGACAAGCGAAGGACCUCAUUGUGACUUACCAAGUCCAAAUCCAGGAACUAGUCAACAAGGAUAACUUCAACGACGUCGCUAAGGUCCAGGUUCUGCAACAACUGACGGAUACGCGGGAGGCUGCGACGAAACUCGAGCAAAGAUACCUCGAACUCUUCGAAAAGGCAAAGGGGAUGUCGAAGGAGGUACAGGCGCUGAGAACCAUAACCGGGUGGAUCGCAGAAACCCCUGAUCAGUCUGAGGGAGAACAUGAAGAUCUGACAGAAAAUAACUUGUCCUCCAGAUAUCAGGUGCUUCUAGAGAACAGUAAGUUCAUCGUGAAUGAGAAUGCAAAGUUGAAGGAGCAGGUGAAGGCUAGAACGAGUAUUUUCGAGUUGCAGGCAGAGUACGAUAAGCUGAAGGCCGAGAAGGCCGAGUUAGAGAUAGCUCUUGGGGGUAUCAAGAACAUCCGAGAACUUAAAAUGAAGACAACGGCUGUAGAGAAGGCACUUAUGAAGGCGAAAACUACCUGGAACGCGGAGAAGGCGCGCCUUCGGCGUGACCUAGACCAGUGUCGGGAGAUCAUCAGUCAUCUAAAGAAGCAACAGGGUGGCUCAACAAAACAGCAGAAGGAUCAUGAAGAAGCGAUCAAAGGCUUGCAAGCCAAAAAUCUGGAAGCCGAACAGGACCGGCAGAGGGUCCAGGAGGACUUUGACAAGUUAAAAUACGAGUAUGAGAAGUUCCUGGAAGAGAAGAAACAGAUUGAGGAGAAAACCACCAAGCUAAUGGAAAUCCAUAAGCUGGUGUUGGUGGAAAAUGCGAGCCUGAAGGAGAGGAGGCUCGCAAGACAAAUUGAAAUAGAGGCCUUGAAGAAAAGGUUGAAGGAAGGGGGGCCAGAGAAGAUAAUUAGGGUAGAGGCGCCGGGGUCGAAGAAGGGGCACGAGUGCCUCCUAACGAGGGGGGAGCUGAUGGAAGUCUUGAGCCAAGAUGAUUUUAGGGAGUACAUGCACUCCUACCUCAAGGCGGUGGGGCACGUCAAGGGAUAG